UUUCCUUUGCUUUCUUAUUUUAUUUUUAUUUUUAUUUUCAUCAUCUUCUUUUAUGUAUUUUAUUUUCUCUUUUUCCUUCCUGUUAAAAUGGAGUAAAGAUAUUUCACCAACAGUCUGGUACAGGGAGAUUUUUCAUGUCUUACCUCAUGAAAGAAUAAGUGCUCUCCUUACGGAUGAUGAUGAGUCAUUUCUUAAGAUCUGGAGCCCUUUCCUAAAUUAUUUACCAUCUAGACUCUGUUAAAAGAUUGACACAGCAAACUUUGGCUAGUGCCACGUGAGAUUUCUACUACUAAUACUCAUUUUGUAAUGCUUUUCAAAUCAUUUACAGAUCAGACAUUUUGUCAUUGGCUCAACAACAGAGUACCACCAAUACUGUUUUGAGAUAGAAGGCUGAUACAGAUUAUUUUGGACUAGAGAUGCUGAUUUACUAUAUUUUGCACAAUGUUCUAUAUAUACCUGGCACCUCUUAGCCUUCACAAGUGCAUCAGUAUUAGGUCUGCAAAGUCAUCUAGUGGGCUGCACUGGACACUUUGACGGGCUGGUUCUGGCCUGUAUGAUGCCUCUGUGUAAACAUAAUUAUAACUAAAUAAAAGACAAGAAGGAGGAACAGACCAGAAUUCAGUCAUGUCCAAAUAAGUGGCUGUUUUAUUACUGAUGAGACAAAGAAAAGAUGACUGUGAGGAGCAGAUAAAAAAAAAAAAAAAACAGGUCACAAAAACAUGUGACAUUUUUCCUGGAUUCAGAGCUCACAGACUCUCUGCUGAAUUUAGCAUCCUAAAUCACAUAUGGCAUUCAGCUGGCGCAAAUCAGAAUAACUUUCCUUCCUCCUACACGCUCUCCUCACUUACCUGAACAAACUUAGGACACAUAUUCUGAAACCCUCCCACUAAUUUCCUCUCACUUCCCCGAGCAACAAUCCCUCCUCCUUGGAUUGCCCCACAAAACAAUUUAAACAUUCAGUCUUUUCUGGGGCACCGCCAGAAUUCAGGUGGGAAGGAGAAGAAAAAAAACUCUAGCAAACAGAAGGCUGCAUACUUUCCGGCCUGCAGGACUUUAUGCAAGACGCAGAGAGAGGGCGGCCUUGUUGAGGGGCCCCCGUCAGCUGAAUCUGCAAAAGAGACAUUUGGCAAGAAAAUCCCUGCUCCAGCUCAAUUUGUUUUCAGUCGCUUUUUCCCCCAGAAAUGUCAGAAACAUGUUUUUACUGUCUAUCAUUCAUCUUUUCUCUUGUAAGUGUGGGUAUUAACCAGGCAAGUGGUGCAUGGUGUCAUUUCCAAAGUGAGGCCUGUAGGUUUUCUCUCUAUGACUAAAAGGCCCUUGAGUGGCAGUCAAUAUUCCUCCAGGCUCACACCCCACCUCUCACAUACUCACCUCUCCCUCCUGGUCUGCCACAUUAGUCCGCAUCUCUCAACACAUUCAGACACAGAGCUGAAGAUGUCCUGGACGUCUGCAGCCCUCCUGGCUCUCCUCGCUGUGCUUCUGGCACUUUCCUUGUCUCCAGAGGCCGACUCUGCAGCUGUGCCCAGCAGCAGCACAAGCCGCGCUAAACAUCCACAAGGUCCGCUGAGGAAGAUCUUCUUAAAGGAGGCAGAUGCCUCAAACUUCUUCAGGAGACGCAGCAGACGGGGAGCAAAGUCUCAGGAUGAGAUUAACACUGAGCAGAGGCUGAUGCUGGCUGCAGAUGAACGAAAGAGAGAGUUCCACGAAGAGAAGAGGAACGAGUUUGAGAGCUACGCUGAAGAGGAGCAUGAUGAGCAAAACGAGAGGAGCAGAGAGAGCACCGAGCAGUGGAGGGAGUUUCACUACGAUGGGAUGCAUCCCCCACACGAGUACAACCGUCAGUCCAUCUGAGACAGAGGGGAGAGGUGGUGCUGUAAGAGUUUAUAGGAACACCAGUGAGGCCUUUGUCCUCUGACGAUGACAGCAGAGACAUCAGCCACAGACUACUACAGCUAACUUUUGAAUUAAUAAACAAUAUGUAGAAAGGUGCUGAAGUGCCUUUUCCUUUCCCUGCAUUUAAUGACCGUGACACAGUGCAUAAAAGAUAACCAAAAAUCAUUGAUAUUAGACACAAUAAAGAAACAUCGAGUGUUGUAUGGGUUAUAGAUAAAGAUUAUUUUCAUUGUCAAUUAAUAAAUAAAACAGACCAAAAUAAUAACAAUAAAAUUGCUUGCUUUGUCUGAGCAGCAGUCAAAAACCCAAAAACUGAAGAUCAACCAACACACUUUACUGUUGUAGUAUGCGAAGACAACCAGCAAAUAUUUAGCUACAUUUGAGAAAAUGGAACCGGUGGAUAUCUGACUGUUUCGCUAAGUGACAGAAGAAUGUCUGCAAUGUACGUUUUUGCAAAUCACAGAUACGUUACAUUACAGAUACGUUGAAAUUUUAUGCUUCAACAACUCUGUGAUUAAUGUGUGGUAACAUUAAAGGUAAGGUAAGGUAAGGUAAGGUAAGGUAAACUUUAACGUCUCCGAGGGCCAAUUUGAGAUACAGACAGCAGUCAUAACAGAGAACAACACAUAACACACAGUAUCCACUAUCACAAACUGUCAGGGGUAAAUCACGGACAUUAGUGGUCACUGCUGGUUAAGAUAGCAGAUGGGACAAAGGAGGAUCUGUAAUGCUUAGUGCUGUGUUUAGAGAGGCAAAACCUCCACCGACACCAUGGAGGGGAUGUUGAGAGUCUGAGACGACAGACCGAGCUUUAGAGGUGACCCUCUCUUCAUACAGAUGCUGUAGAUUAAGUAACACCAGUGAACCUACAGCUCUACUUGACCACUUUUUUCAACUUUCAACUAAAAGGAUGGACUCCACUAAUGCAAGUUUAGGCACAAAAACUACUUGGUUACGGCUAGAAAAAAUCAAAUGUUGGCUUAAGAUACCUGGUUUUGGGGGCACAAUCCCUGCUGGAAAAGAAGGGAUGUCUUGGUUAAAAGCAACUACUUUUCAUGCCACUAUCCCUGCUGAAAAAAAAACAAUAAACACCCACGUCUUGUGGCUAAAAAGCUGAAGGAAAACCAGUGACAGGUCCCUAAAAACACCCAGUGUUGUUGUUUGUUGGUUUUGAACAGUGGUCUGAAGCUUGGCAGGUGUCUAGGUGACAUGUCAUCCACCAUCCCCUCCACCCACCAAUGAAGAGGUCAGCUAUGUUUGUAUACUGUUGCUUUAGAAACUAACAUUGAAUGAUACAUAUGAAAUGGGCAAAUAACAUAUUUGUGGUUUGCAGAAACGAACAAUGCCAACUUUUUCUUCUGAUGACUGGUUUUACUUCAAAAACGUCAUUGACGGACAAUUAAAUGUAGGCUACAGUAUCUAUCUCAUACUAAAUAGUGAAGUUACUUAUGUUUGGAGUCAAUCAGAGCCUAAAAAGGUUCUUGUUAAGGGGGAUUUAUACUUGUGCGUCAGCUCUAUGCAGAGCCUACACCGUUGCCUACACACGUGGCCUAUGCCGUUGUGAGCAUUUACACUUGUGCGGUGGUGUGUCUGUGUCACUUUGCAGUUACACCUCCAAAACACUAGUCGGCGGCGGAGGUUUCUGUGAAGUGCUGUAAAGUUUAGUUGAUUCAAAACUCACAUCAAACAUGGCUAAAUAGAGACAAUUUCAAACACAAGUACACAAAUCAGCUUCACUAUAACUCACAGCAUUCAUUUGUCUUUUGCUGGACACAUUUUCCCCACAAAUACGACAUGCUAAUGUUUUUAGCACAAGCCUAUGGCAUUUUACAUUGUAUAAAUUAGCCUAGCAGCUAGCAGACUUUUCCUCUACUUGUAUGGCGCCAGGAACAACAGCAACAUUUAACAAAGGUAAUGUUACAUUUCUGGGGAGGUGCUCAUCAGGCAGUCAUAGGCCCUUUAUUGACGCAGAGCCUACGCCGUAGGUAUGGCGUCCAUUCGACGCAGAAGUAUAAAUCCUGCUUUAGACUUCUUAUAAGAAAUUAUUAUAAAACUUCAAUAACAGACACCCAAAUAGACUUAAUCGGGAUUAUGGAGAUGCAGUGUUGCAUAAAAAGUUCUGUCAACACCAGUCAUAGAAACAGAGCAGAUGAAAAUCCAUUGUAUUUAAUAGCCACUAGCCAAUAACCCCAAACCCAAGUCUGUUGCAGAUGUCUUAAACAUGUCAUCAGUUUGAAAUAAAAUUCAAAUAAAUAAAAUUAGACAAAAUUAUAAAGUACUGAGCUGUUUUUAGCUGUAAAGGAGGGCCUGGGUUAAAUAGAUGUGCAAUGUUUCAUGCUAUAUUACCAGAGAAAGAAUACAUGUGAAUAAUCUGUAUUUACUCAAAUACAUAUAAUGUUCUUACUAUACAUUUACUCACUUGUGAUGUCAUGUGUUUAAUAUUCUAACAUAAUCCUUUAAAUAUCUGUAUUUUUACUUAAAGACAUAAGUACAAACUGUUACUAACCUUAUUUCCUGUCAAAGAAGCAACAACUCAUGCAAACAAGACUCUGAUUUUAAUACAUAAAUCUCUACAACUCCAAAGCACAUUUCUGCAACAAUAUGUAAUACAUGCAAACUGUGGGGCUGUAAAUGCUUCAUAUUUUUGCUUUCUGCUGACAGAUUUUUUUUU